AUGGAGAGAACUUUGGAGCAACGCUAUGCGAUAAAAUUUUGCGUCAAACUCCAAAAGACGGCGAAGGAAACGUUUGAUUUCAUCAGACCUCAGACCUUCAAGAAUGAUUGCUUGUCGUACUCGCAGGUCAAAAAGUGGCACAAGUCGUUCAAGGAAAGCCGGGAAGAAGUGGCCGAUGAGGCCCGUUCUGGGCGUCCAUCAACAUCGCGAACGGACGAUAAUGUCACUCGUGUGCGAGAUUUGCUGAACAAAGACCGCCGAAUGAGUGUUCGUUUGAUGUCAGAACAAUUAAAUUUGCCGAAAACAGAUGUUCAUCGAAUUGUUUCAGAAGACUUGGCCAUGCGUAAGAUUUGCGCGAAACUUGUGCCAAAAGUUUUGUCUGACGCUCAAAAACAGCAGCGCAUGGAAGCCACAGCCCCCUAUAGCCCCGAUGUAGCCCCGGCAGACUUCUUCUUGUUCCCAAGGGUGAAAAGGGAGCUGAAAGGAAAGCAUCUGGAGACCCUGGACAACAUUCAAAACACCACGACGAGAUGCUUUAACAGCAUUCCGAAAAGCGAGUUCCAGAUGGCCUACGAUGCAUGGAAAACACGUUGGCAAAGGUGUAUAGAUGCAGAAGGAGACUAUUUUGAAGAGUAUUAA